GACCAAAACUUCACUCGCUCACUCUCCCUCCCCCCGACUCUCACUCUCUUGACUCUUCUCCUCCCAACAACACACUCCACUCACCAAUCCAUCACCAUCACCAUCACCAUCACCAUCAUGAGCCAACCAACUACUGCCUUCCACUUCCCACCCGCCACUCAGAAGACAGUCAUCACCACCACCACAACAACCACCCUCAACUUCCCUCCACUACUCAUCCCACAAACACAAACACAGACUAACAACAACAACAACAACGACAUCAACCUCGACCAAUUCCCACUCGCUGAGGCUACCAUCCCAGAAGAUUGGACUCAACGCGGCCUCCCCCUCGUCUUCGGAAACGGAUCAUUCGCCAAAUUCAACCCAGCCCUAUCACCCUCACUCCCAACUGCCAGUCCAUCCCCCUCAACCCAUAUCAACCCCUCCAACAACUCAUCAUCUACUACUACUACUACCACAACCACUACCACCUCAUCAAACAAUCUAAAUCACCCUUCCAGAAAACGAACGACUACCAGCCCUCAAGCUCCCACAAACCCCACAACCAACUCAUCCCCUCCUCCAUCUCGAUCCAAGAAACCUAAACUCGAACACACCAAUCAAUUCUAUGAACCUCCUUCCCAUCUACUACCCGAUCAUAUGCAAAUCACCCCACCUGAUUCAACCGAAAACUUGAAUAACAAUCAUCAUCAUCAUCACCACCAAGCAAAUAAUGCGACAACCCCACUGGCAACAGUCCAUCCACUCCAGGCAGCCAAUGCACAUCUCGAACUCGCAACCUCGCUCUCAUUACCCAACCUGACUGCCGAAUUUUCAAGACUACCGGUAGCAUUGCAACAAUUCACGCUCUUCAACUUACUCAAACGCUCCCGACUACCCGUCCUCCAAUUCGUCCAACAGAUGAUCGGACCAGCACUCAAGCGUGACUUCAUCUGCGACUCACCCCCAGAGAUCGCGGUCCUCAUCCUAAGCAAACUGGAUGGCACCACACUCUGCAGGGCUUCGGCUGUCAGUAGGACAUGGUACAACAUGAUCAACAACAGUCGAUCGAUUUGGAAACAUCGACUCAAGGCUGAGAACCUCUGGAUUGGCGAUGGGAGCGAGGAGAUCGAUGCAGAGGAAUGUGCUCUCGUCGAACGUGGCUCUAAACAUUGGGAGAUCAGUCGGUUCUCAAGACUCUGGAAGGCCGGGGUUUGGAACAACCCGUCAUCUGGCUCAUCACCAUCAUCAUCAUCAUCAUCAAGCGCUUACCAGAACCAAAGAUUAGAUAAGAUCGGCCCUGCUCGCUCGUCAUCCAUCCACCCGCUUUAUUCUGAUCCAUCCUCAUCCUCAUCAAGUCUUGCUGUCCACAACCAAUCUCAACCAUCCAUCAGCUCGUCGAGUGACCAAGAAUCAACAAUUGGAGACAAUCAGUCGGAUAUUAAGAAUAAUAUCUUAUCCGGCAGCGAUUCAUUCAAGUUACUCUAUCGGAGACGUUUCCUGACUCGACGCAAUUGGAUGAAGAAGGAACCCCGAAGGAUCACUUUCCAAGGACACGCGUUGACGGUGGUGACUUGUAUCCAAUUUGACUGGUCAAAGAUGGUAGCCGCCUCGGAUGACAACGUGGUGCAUUCCUACGACCUACGCACUGGCCGAAGGCUCCAGAACUUCAUCGGCCACCAGGGGGGAGUCUGGGCCUUACAGUACGUCGGGGAUACCCUGGUGACUGGGAGUACAGACCGGACGGUGCGGGUCUGGAACAUGCGCACGGGUCGCAACACGCACGUGUUCCAUGGCCACACCUCGACCGUGCGCUGUCUGCAGAUCGUCGAGCCGGUCAAUGUGAAUCCCAAGACCAAUGAAGCGCCGAUCUGGGAGCCGGCCCACCCGGUCAUCGUCACCGGCUCGCGUGACUACACCCUUCGGGUAUGGAAGCUACCCUCGGAGACUGACGAGGACUACGUGGGUUGUCCGACGCCGGGCUCACCGGACGAGAUUGGACCCGCGGCAUCUGACACGAACUCUGGGAACCGGUUCCAUCUCCACUUCUUGCGCGGACACAAUCACGCGGUGCGUGCUUUAGCAGCCAAGGGCCGAACGAUGGUCUCUGGGUCGUACGACUGCACGGUCCGGGCCUGGGACAUCAUGACUGGAAAAUGCACUCAGGUGAUGCGCGGUCAUCAACAGAAGAUCUACUCGGUCGUCCUCGACGGCUCACGGGGACGAUGCGCUUCGGGCUCGAUGGACAACACCGUCAGACUUUGGGAUCUUUCGACGGGGGAGACGAUCAGGAUCCUAGGCGAGCACAGUUCCCUAGUCGGCCUGUUGGGUCUGAGUCCGCGUCGACUAGUAUCUGCAGCGGCGGACGCGACCUUACGGGUCUGGGACCCGUCGACGGGUGCAUGUCGCUACGAGCUCAAGGGUCAUCUGGGAGCGAUCACCUGCUUUACGCACGACGAAUUCAGGGUCGUCUCGGGUGCAGACGGUACCUUGAAGCUCUGGAACGGCGAGAAUGGGGUCUUGGUCGGCGAUCUCCUGGCCGGCUUCUCUGCCGUCUGGCAGGUCUCCAUGGACGAACGUUUCUGUGUCGUUGCCGUCCAGCGUGGAACGGAGAGCGAAUACGUCGUCCUGGACUUUGGUCGCUCUGAUGGUAAAGUUGACCGUGAAGAGCCCCGUGAAGAAGAGCCCCGUGAAGAAGAGCCCCAUGAAGAGCUCCGCGAGCCUUCGCCUCCCAUCCCCCCCAUCGCUCCGAUUCCUCGUCACCUUCGUCACCUUCGUCACCUGCAUCAUAAUCAUCGUCCCAUCUCUGGAGAACACGCAUUUCUUCUUUAUCCUGAUCAACAUGAAGUCGAUCACACUCCAAUCGAAGAUCUUGAUUAAAUUAUGGAAUUUGUUCAACUCAUCAGUGAUAAAGACAAACCCCCUCCCCCAAAAAAACCUCAAGGUUUUUCAUA